AUGGACAUGGCUGAACUUGACCUGCAGCUUACAAACAAGAGGCUGAGGGUUCUGGUACUUUAUGGCAGUCUUCGGAGAAGGUCAUAUUCGCGGCUAGUGGCACUGGAAGCUUGCCGUAUCCUUUUCCGGCUCGGCUGUGAUGUGCGUAUCUUUGAUCCUGAAGGUCUUCCGGUAAAGAACGACAACGAUACCGAUCAUCCUAAAGUACAGGAGCUCCGAGAGCUUAGUGUGUGGAGUGAUAGACAUGUCUGGGUCUCGCCUGAGCAACACGGAAACUUAACCGCUGUAUUCAAGAACCAGAUCGACUGGAUUCCUUUGACGACUGGAAGUGUCCGUCCUACCCAAGGCCGAACGCUGGCCAUUGCCCAAGUGUGCGGUGGAUCCCAAUCGUUUAAUGCCGUUAACUCUUUGCGUAUCCUGGGUCGGUGGAUGCGCAUGUUUACCAUUCCAAAUCAGUCCUCGAUCCCCAGGGCAUAUACGCAAUUUCCGGAUGAAGGUCAACCAGAAGAUCAACGACUCAUGCCUAGUGGCAACCGAGAUCGUCUCGUGGAUUGCAUGGAGGAAUUCGUCAAAUACACGAUUCUGAUGCGGCCUCAUAUCGGUCUUUUCGGUGAUCGCUUUAGCGAACGGGAGGAGAAGAAAGCAAAGGAGGAAAAGAUGAAUGCUGCUGCAGCCAGAUAA